AUGAUAGCGAGCAAAGGAAUGGCGGCACGGUGGCUCUUUGUGGUCAUGCUGGCUUGUUUCGCCGUACAGCAGCUCCUCGCUUCAGAUCCGGUUGGUGGUUUUACGUUUUGCCUUAAUUUUAUGCUUUUUUUGUUGAUCCUAUGACCUAGUGCGCCAGGGUCGAGUGUGAGUCACUGAUUUUAGAUAGUUGAAUUUUUGGUACAUUUCUUUUUCUAAUCACGAAAAAGUGUGGAUCCUGAUGCAGCUUUUCCUCGAGUCGUUCGACGAGACGUUCGAGGGGCGGUGGAUCGUCUCGAAGAAGGAUGACUAUAAAGGUAUUCCCCUCCCAUUGGCGAGUUUUCCCUAGAAGGUCACGCAAGUUUUAUUGUUAACCAAAUAGGAGAUGUCAUGGGGUUUGACAUCUCUGUUUAAUCCGGAUAUGAUGAUUUGUACUGCCUCUUUGAUAUGCUGAGAAAGACGCUCUCUGAUUGUCGAUCUCAGUGUAUUAUCCACUUUUCUCUUCACUAAAGACGUGUGGUAUCUGUCUUUUGUAAAUUCGAUGGGAUAUCAUGUUCAGAUUAUUAAAUGAGGAAAUUUGUUUUCAUAUAGAGAAGCUGGGUGUGAAAACGACGGGGACAUUUGUGACAAAUUUUCUUCUGUUAUUCUUUUGCUAUCAGUGUAGUCACUUUGCAAGUAUCAGGGUCUUCAAGAAAUCUCUUUUAGCCUUUUGAAGAGAUCUCAAUUACAUCGAAGGGAUUGCAACAUCAUUUAUCAACUUGUUAAGGCUAUUUCCUUUCUCGUUCUCCUGAGACUUGCUGAAAUUCUGCAAUGGUUGCACAGUUGGUAGAGAUCACGCAGUGACAAUAUUGUUAUUUUCCGCUGAAAUGAAAAUCGUUUCAGAUUGAGUUUUUUUUUAAAAUUCCAAAUAUCUGCAAAUUAUUUUCUCCCAUUUUCUUUGUGAAAAUUAUAUACAUAUUAUGAAAAUAUGCAUACUUGUGAGGGUCCAUCAAAACUUUGUUACCUUUAUGUUUCAUCACUUUUCGAUAUCUCACCAGGAAAACUGGUUACACAAAACUAUAGUGGUGACUUUCUAGUCGGUUCCAAAGGGAAAGGAUUUUUAAAUGGUCCAAAGGCAGGUAGGGCCUCUGAUUGCCUAUGCUCCAGAAUAGACUUUGAGAAACAAGAGAGUUUUGGGCAUGUAGGGGCUCUGAUUGUCUAUGCUCCAGAAUUCUCAGAGGGGUAGAUUCUUGCUGGGUCUCUGAGGUUUAGUGAGAAUGCCCUUUUUUUAUUCCCCUGAAAGAGUUUAUAAGCAUGAUGAGAGUGUAUAAUAAGAUGAAAAUCACAGAGACUUUUCAUAAACAGUUACUGAUGUGAAAUUCUCAUGACUAAGCAAGGAUCCCUCAAGAAGUCGGUAGCAUGUACAUUUUUAUUGACUGAUGUGGUUUCUAAUGAUGAUGACAGUCUUUACCUUCUAGUUGUAGUCUCUUGAGGCGUGUGUGUGUGUGUGCGUGCCUGUGCAUGUGCACGUAAGUGUUAGAUAUUAUGAAUGGGCGACAUCUUGUGAGUGAGACAUUUGGAUAAUGUGACUUCAGAUUUCUUGGGAUUACCUGAUGUAACAGACGUAGAUUUUCCUUCCCAAGUUACUUGUAUUUGCCUAAUGUUACGGUAUACUGUCCAUGGUUUGCCAAUUUCGUUGCCUUUUAUUAUCGUGCGUCACAACCCACACAUUUUGUGCUCAGGUACUUGGAAACAUUCGAAGAGCGAGGGUCAUGAGGACCAUGGUCUGCUUGUUAGCGAACCAGCAAAGAAGUACGCAAUUGUAAAGGAACUUGACGAAGCUGUCAAUCUCAAAGAUGGAACCGUUGUUCUACAGUACGAGGUCCGCCUUCAGAACGGACUUGAAUGUGGGGGAGCAUACCUGAAGUAUCUCCGACUGCAGGAAGCUGGAUGGAUUCCUAAAGAAUUCGACAAUGAGUCUCCUUACUCCAUAAUGUUUGGACCGGAUAAAUGUGGAGGCACCAAUAAAGUGCAUUUCAUUCUCAAGCACAAGAACCCCAAGACUGGUGAAUAUGUGGAGCAUCAUCUCAAGUUCCCACCAUCUGUCCCAUAUGACAAGCUGACUCAUGUGUACACUGCCAUCUUGAAGCCUGACAAUGAGGUUAAGAUUUUGAUUGAUGGCGAGGAGAAGAAAAAGGCAAACUUUCUGUCAGGUGAUGAUUUCGAGCCCCCACUCGUUCCUUCAAAGACAAUUCCAGAUCCCGAUGACAAGAAGCCUGAGGACUGGGAUGAGAGAGAGAAAAUUCCUGAUCCUGACGCAGUGAAGCCUGAUGACUGGGAUGAGGAUGCUCCCAUGGAAAUUGAAGAUGAGGAGGCUGUGAAGCCAGCAGGGUGGUUGGAUGAUGAGCCUGAGGAGAUUGACGAUCCAGAGGCAACCAAGCCAGAGGAUUGGGAUGAUGAAGAAGAUGGUGAGUGGGAAGCACCAAAGAUUGAUAACCCAAAGUGUGAAGCUGCACCUGGUUGUGGGGAGUGGAAGAGGCCGAUGAAGACGAAUCCUGCCUACAAGGGUAAAUGGCAAGCUCCCCUGAUUGAUAACCCCAACUACAAGGGUACUUGGAAGGCACAGGAGAUCCCCAAUCCCAGCUACUUUGAGAUUGAGAAGCCUGACUUUGAGCCCAUCGCCGCCAUUGGCAUUGAGAUUUGGACCAUGCAGGAUGGUAUCCUUUUUGACAACAUUUUGAUAUCUGACAAUGAGAAGGUGGCUGAAUCUUAUCGGGAAACGGUAUGGAAGCCUAAGUAUCAGGUUGAGAAGGAGAAGGAGAAGGCUGAAGAGAAGGCUCCAGGGCUUCCGGGCUCACUUUCCGGCAUUCAGGUGAGAGUAGUCAUUUUGGGUCACUUCCACCCUACUAUCGUGAGUUUGCAAAGGCCUUAAACUCUAACAUUGUUGUCUCUCUCUCUCUUCCUCUCUAAAUCUUUCAGAAAAAGGUAUUCGAUGUCCUUUACAAAGUGGCUGGGAUUCCUUUCUUGGAACCGUACAGGCCCAAGAUCAUCGUAAGCAUCCCUCAGAAUCUCUUACAUUCGAUUUUGUGGAUAAUCAUUUAUCUCCUUCCAAUGAAUAGCCACUUUCUGAUCGCAUGCUAUGCUUGUAAUCCUGGAAGGAUGUGAUUGAGAAAGGCGAGAAGCAGCCCAACGUGACAAUUGGAGUCCUAGUCUCUAUCGGUGUUGUCCUUCUCACAGUCAUCGUCAAGAUUCUCUUCGGAGGGAAGAAAAAACCGGCAGUAAGCCUCCCUGCCAUAACAGGUGCUUCGGCUACUUUAUAAGGUCAUCUUUAAAACAACAUCUGGACUCUUCAUUCCACAGGCACCUGCUCCGGCUGCAGCUGCGGUGGCAAAGCCCACUGAGGCCAAUGACAAUGGAAGCAGCAUCAAGGAGGACGAGCAGGAGGACACCACAGCGGCUGCCGCUCGUCCAAGGAGGUCCAGGCGCGAAACAUAA